CAACUUCAAAUUUUCAGUCUCUCACUCAAACUCGCACAACAUUGCUAUUUGAAACCUUGAAACGAGGCUCACUUCAAUUCUGUUCUUUGUUUGUUUACUCUUUGUUUUCAAGGAUUCCUUGGAGAGAGCAAAAUGUCGGAUAACUCUGCGAAAAUGGUAUUAAUCCCUCCAACGACCAACCAAUGGCCACAGGUGGAUGAUCACAAGGUCUUGAUGGGUUCAUCAGGUGGAAGUAAUAAUAAUAAUAAUAAUAGUAAGGUAAUGGAAAAACGGGGUCAAGAAAUUCUGCAGCAGCAACAACAACAAGCCCUCAAGUGCCCUCGUUGUGACUCAUCAAACACCAAGUUCUGCUACUACAACAACUACAGUUUGUCUCAGCCAAGACACUUCUGCAAAGCCUGCAAGCGCUAUUGGACAAGAGGUGGAACCCUCAGAAACGUUCCUGUUGGUGGAGGCUGCAGAAAAAACAAGCGUGUCAAGCGUCCAAUAACAAACCCUUCUUCUGCUGCUGCUGCUGCCAUUGACACUGCUUCUAAUUCGUCUUCUUCUUCUGCUCCCACUGCUACUUCACAACCCCAGAUCGACACUGCUUCAACCUCAAACCAUAUCAACCCUUUGUUUUAUGGCUUACCAAGUAGCUCUAGCGAUGUCAAUGUGAAUCUUCCAUUAUUCCCUAGGUUUGGUUCUAGGAUCUCAAGUUCCGGGUUUGAUCUUCAGCUCAAUGACGCCCUUGGAUUAGGUUUUUCAUCCGGGGUUGUGUCCAAUGAAGCUAGUGAUAAUAAUAACGGUUACCGAAACGGGUUUGGUUCAAAUAAUACGCUUCUUUCAAGUUAUAAUUCCAUCUUUGGUUCUUCUACUUCAAGUUCUACUGCCACUACUCCAUCUAUGCCUUCUUUGUUGCUGCAACAGAAGUUCAUGAGUGGUGGAUUGAAAGAUGGUCUUGAAAGCAACACUUUUCAGCAGGGCUUGGGCUUAACCCCACUAGAGCAGAUGCAAAUGGGAAGUGAUCAUAUUCAUAGCAGUGAGGCAGGGAUGGUGGCUUUAAAAGAUGUGAAAGUAGAAUUAGGACAAAGCAACAGGUUGGAGUGGAAUAAUGGUGCUUGCCAAAACCAGAUCCAGCAUGUGGGUUUGUACGAUCCCUCGCUUUAUUGGAAUAACACAGUGGGUGUUUGGAAUGAUCAAGCUGCUAAUAUUGGUUCCUCAGUCACUUCUCUGAUCUAGAAAAUACAAUCCAAUCGAAUGAAGAAGCAUGGUUUUCAAGUUUGUCUCCCCCUUCUGUCUUGUUACUUGUUACUUCUACUUUUUUCUUUUUUUCUUUUGGGGCAAAAUGGGUUUAGUUUACUUAAUUAAUUACAUCAAAAUUUAUUGAAAAAGGAGGAAACGUGAUACUUGUAAGAAAAUGGGAAAGCUAAAGGUGAGAGGAGUUUGGAUCGGAGCGAUCAUGUCAGAUGCAUCCUGCAAAAUAUAUAUAAUUACUCUUCAGCCUGUUAGUUUUAUAUGUCAAGGUUGGGAAAAGAAUUGCAUAUGUUGCUCUGAGAGGAACCUCGGAUCCUCUUCUCUCAUCGUCUCACAGUGGCUGCUAUGCUCCUAUCUGUGCAGUACUGGUGUUCUAGCUCUAUGGUGAAUUGAACUUCUCCAUUGUGAGUAAGUUGGUCUUUCUUUUUGUUAUGUAUAUAUGCAAUAUGACAUAUCUUUAAUUUCUUUUCUUAUUUUGUAAUGUACUAGCGUGAUUAGAUUGGUGGGGGUAGGGGAUUUACGUAGAAAGGAACUAAUAUUGGUUUCAUUUUUCUUAA